AAAAAAAACUGUUAUGUAUUUGGAGCUACUAGGGCUGCCGUAGUUGUGAGGGACGCGGGGAAUUAUGGGUAAUGUUGUCAUCACAAUACUAUACUCCUGGAGAGCGGGAACACGGCUGUAUGUUCGGAGUAGUAAGCUACAAUAAAAGGUUAACGAUCUAUCUGUGCCUGCUGCAUCAUUGUUAUAGGAAGACAUAACAAAAGUGGCGACGAGGACGAGUGAACCGACGCGUGUUGUCAGUGUUAAGAAGAGGAGAAGUUUUCCUUGUCUCACGGGAGCCCCGAGCUAACGCUAAUGCUAGCGCAGGUGUCCGCCGGCAUUCCGACUAUUCCUGCUGAGAGAAGAGGGGACCGGAGACCAGCGACACCGACCAAAGUCAAAAACGGAGCGCCAUUAGCGGUAAGACGACCAGUAAGAUGGCUGGAGUUAUCGGCUCGAUUGGCCCCUUUGAUGAGAAUGUCGAGCAAUGGAGCUCAUACACGGAGCGCUUUGACUAUUUUGUCGCAGCAAAUGGAAUUGAUGAUGGCAAGAUCGUACCUACUUUUCUGAGUGUGAUCGGCCCGAAGACAUUUACCCUGCUUCGGAGCAUCCUACAGCCAGAGAAACCAGGGAGUAAAACGUAUAAAAACAUUGUGGACAUUUUGACCAAACAUUUCUCCCCCAAACCUCUGGUAAUCGCCGAAAGAUUCAGAUUUCACCGGCGACAUCAGGAAGAGGGUGAGUCUGUCACCAUGUUCAUGGCAGCUUUACGUAAACUGGCCGAACACUGUGAGUUUGGUGACACACUGAGUGAUGCGUUAAGAGACAGGCUUGUAUGUGGACUGGCAAAUGAAGCAGCACAAAAAAGAUUGCUUACAGAAAGUGAUCUGACUCUUGAAAAGGCCAUUAAUGUAAGUGUGUCUAUGGAAAUGGCAUCUAGAGAAGCACAGCAGCUGCAUGUGAAAGUGCACAAACUCAGCAUCAACCAAGAUGUGCAAGGGCCAUGCUUUCGCUGUGGUAAAUCUGGCCAUCUUGCAUCUGCAUGUUGGUGCAAGGAUAUGGAUUGCCAUAAAUGUGGGAAAAGAGGCCAUGUGGAGCGGGCGUGCAGAUAUAAAAAGAGCAAAGAGGAUGGCUCAAAGACUGGAAAUAAAGUGAAAAGUGCACAUUACAAGAAGAAAAGACAGGUUCACACAGUCAAAUAUGAAAAGGAGAGUAACAGUGAUUCUUCUGAGGAGGACAUGUCUACCACAGUGAAUACAAUACGGGUAAUGAAUGUGGGUGAGAGCUCGGAUGGUUUCUGGGCCAAAGCCAAGUUGGAAGGACAUUCCAUAAAGAUGCAAAUAGACACUGGAUCGAGGGCAUCAUUAGUGUCUUAUAAAAUCUACAGGAAACACAUGAGACAUCUCCCUCUACGUCCUGCAGACACUGUUUUCAGAGCAUACACUGGACACACGGUGCACAUGAAAGGAAUGACCGAUGUACUGGUGCAGUGUAACGAUCAGACUGUGAGACUUCCAGUCUACAUCACCCAGGGAGACUACGCCGCCAUAAUGGGUCGGGUGUGGUUAAAGGCGAUCCAUCUCAACUGGCAAGAGGUGAGAAAAAUGUCAGACAGUUCUACACAGCUUCAGAUGAUACUGGAAAAGCAUAAAGAGGUCUUUCGUGAUGAACUGGGCUGCAUGGAAAAUAUUACAGUAAAGCUACAUGUCAAACCUGACACUAAACCUGUGUUUUUGAGAGCGAGACCAGUGCCGUACGCCAUCAGAUCAAAGGUGGAAACUGAUUUGGAUGCUUUGGUCAAAAAUGGAGUCUUGGAGCCUGUAACGACUAGUGAGUGGGCUACACCCAUCGUUCCAGUGCAAAAGAAAAAUGGUGGAAUCCGGACAUGUGGAGACUUUAAGGUGACAGUCAACCCUGCCUUAAUAGCAGAACAGUACCCACUUCCCCUGAUCGAUGACUUAUUUGCUGGGCUGAGUGGAGGUCAAAAGUUCAGCAAAAUAGAUCUCAAUCAGGCGUACCUGCAGAUGCAGGUGGAUGAACAGUCACGUGAGAUGCUGACUAUUAACACACACAAAGGGCUUUUCAGAUACUGCAGACUGCCUUUUGGUAUCACUUCUGCCCCGGCUCUGUUCCAGCGAGCUAUGGACCAGAUACUCUGUGGUCUAGCAGGAGUGCAGUGCUAUUUGGAUGACAUCCUGUGUACAGGAGCAAAUGAUGAAGAUCACCUGCAUAACUUGGAUGCUACACUUCAAAGAUUGAGAGAGUAUGGACUAAGAGUUCGCAAAGAAAAAUGUGAUUUCUUUCAAUCAUCUGUGGAAUACCUUGGACAUGUGAUUGAUGCUAAAGGACUUCAUACAGCACCAUCCAAAAUCACAGCCAUCGUGGAGGCACCUCCACCUCAAAACAUCAGCCAGCUGCGAUCCUUUUUAGGAUUAUUGAACUAUUACGGACGUUUUAUUCCUAAUCUAGCAUCACUGCUACAGCCACUGCAUGAGUUGUUACGCCAGGACAAGACAUGGAAAUGGACAGCCAGCUGUCAGGAGGCUUUUGAGAAAGCCAAGGGGGCGUUAACCACAUCAGAGGUGCUGACUCACUUCAACCCAUCACUCCAAAUUCAGCUAGCUUGUGAUGCAUCCCCAUAUGGAGUGGGGGCAGUGUUAUCUCACAUACUGCCAAAUGGUGAGGAAAAACCGAUCGCUUUCGCCUCCAGAACGUUGAACAAGGCAGAGUCCAACUAUGCUCAAAUAGAAAGAGAGGCACUGAGCAUUGUUUUCGGGGUGAGGAAAUUCCACCAGUAUUUAUAUGGGAGGAAGUUCACUCUCCUAACGGACCAUCGACCUCUCACGACCAUCCUGGGACCACACACUGGGAUACCAUCUCUCGCUGCAUCAAGACUGCAGAGGUGGGCUCUGCUGCUAUCUGCUCACGCUUACGACAUCAAAUAUCGUAAGUCAGACUCCCAUUGCAACGCUGACGGGUUAUCCAGACUUCCUCUUCCAGUCACAAAGCCCGAUUCAAAAACGGAGGACAUUUUUUACUUUAGAGAGGUGGAAAAGGCACCUGUUUCAGCAGUGCAGAUCAAAAAAGUGACUCGCAACGACCCAGAGCUGUCAGAGGUCAUGGACAUUGUUGUUAAAGGUCGACCUGCUGGUGACACUGUGCGCCUGAAACCUUAUAUGGGAAGGAGGUUGGAGCUUUCUGUCCAGUCGGGAUGCCUGCUAUGGGGGAGGCGAGUGAUCAUUCCACUGUCACUUCGAGAAAAAAUGUUGCAACAGCUUCAUGCAGGACAUAGUGGAAUAGUCAAGAUGAAAGAAAUAGCGAGAAGCUAUUUUUGGUGGCCAGGCAUGGACAAACAAAUCGAGGAAAUGGCUACGUCUUGUUCAGCUUGCCACAAAACCAGAAAUAACCCACCAUUAGCUCCCCUGCAUCCGUGGGAAUAUCCCCAAGAACCAUGGCAGCGGGUCCACAUUGACUUCGCAGGGCCAGUGGAAGACAGAAUGUUUCUGGUUGCUAUUGACGCACACAGCAAAUGGCCUGAGGUGGCGAUAAUGAGAUCUACCACCACAGAAAGGACCAUCGAAAGGCUAGGAGAGAUGUUCUGUCGGUUUGGAUCUCCGGUUCAGUUAGUCUCUGACAACGGACCUCAGCUGGUGUCGCAUGAAAUGUCUGCAUUUCUACAAGCAAAUGGAGUGCAGCAUGUCACCUCAGCUCCUUACCAUCCUGCCACAAAUGGCCUUGCUGAAAGGUUCGUUCAGACUCUGAAACGUGCACUGAAAGCAUCACAAGGACAAGGAACAUUACACCAAAGACUACAUACUUUUCUGCUGAACUACAGAAACACUCCUCACAGCACUACAAAGGCAUCUCCUGCAAGCCUAAUGUUCAAGAGAGACCUGCGUACGACCUUCGACCUGUUGAAGCCCUCAGCAGUAAAAGACACAGUUCGAGGCCAACAGGAAAAACAGAUACAACGCAGGGAACGACAGGCGAAGAACAGAGUCUUCACAGCAGGCGAGACUGUGUUAGCGAGGAACUACAGUGGAGAACCUAAAUGGGUUCCUGCUACUAUCCUUGCUCAGACUGGACCAGUCUCCUACUCCGUUCAGACAGGUGACAGUGUCUGGAGGAGACAUGCUGAUCAGCUCCUGUCUGCGUCACCAGUGUCAGCAGAGCUGUCCUCGAAAGAUCAGACAGAUGCAGUGACCAACCCUUCAGUUCCUCUCCACACCCAAGUAAGACAUCCAGUGCCAGAUACAUCUGUUCCAGCUGCAAGUGUGACUCCAGAUGAGACUGAGACACAUGUGCAGUUGAGCCCUAAAGACGGUUUUCCGUCAGUGGACAAUAAGACUGAUGCCCCUGCAGAGAGCAGGUAUCCUAAAAGAGAGCGGCGACCCCCUAUACGCUUGAGUCUUUAGAAUAGUUAGCAACUAUCCCAGACCAUCAGGGGCAGAAUAAUCCCCUUGGGAUCAGUUGAGGGAUAGAGGCAGUCUACCCUCAUCCCUGAGUUAGAGUUAAAACAUAUACCUGUUAGGUGUGGUUUAAAGAAAAAGAUAAGGUUGUGACAUUUAGUUGGUUGUGUUAAGUCACGUGUUGAGAUAAUCUUAGAUACCAGAAAUAAGUUGAAUGUGUAUGUUUACGUUCUUUGAAAUAGUAGCUGAUUAUUUCUGUUGUUUUCUAAAAGGGACAUCUGUUGUAAGAGGGGAGGAGAUGUUAUGUAUUUGGAGCUACUAGGGCUGCCGUAGUUGUGAGGGACGCGGGGAAUUAUGGGUAAUGUUGUCAUCACAAUACUAUACUCCUGGAGAGCGGGAACACGGCUGUAUGUUCGGAGUAGUAAGCUACAAUAAAAGGUUAACGAUCUAUCUGUGCCUGCUGCA